UCUGCAACAUUUGUAGGUGGUAGAUAAAUAAAUACCUGGAAAUGCGUGAUGCAGCAGCUUAAGGAACGACCUCAAGACAUCUCGAAAUUCUGAGUAGGCUACAAACCGAAGGCGGAGCUCUGAAGUAGGGUUGUCUCUGCGCUUCUGUUACAUACGGACUCAAACGUUUCCCUUUCAAGCGAGCGAGCGAGCGAGCAAACAACGGACUGGGAAGUGAAAGGGAAUACAAAAAUGACAACGAACCAGUACGACGUAAUUGUCAUCGGAGCAGGCAUCUCAGGGCUGUCUGCAGCCAAACUUCUAGUGGAGUCAGGCCUGAGCCCUGUGGUUCUGGAGGCUCGGAGCCGUGUAGGAGGAAGAACCCUUACUGUGCGGAACAAGGAGACUAAUUAUGUUGACCUGGGAGGAGCCUACAUCGGCCCCACCCAGAACCGGAUCUUACGGCUAGCCAAGGAGUUUGGGGUGGAAACAUACAAGGUGAACGAAGAGGAGAAACUGGUGCACCAUGUUAAGGGGAAAUCAUAUGCAUUCAAGGGGCCUUUCCCACCCAUGUGGAACCCUCUGGCCUUAAUGGACUACAACAAUUUGUGGAGGAAGAUGGAUGAAAUGGGAAUGGAGAUUCCACGAGAAGCCCCUUGGAAGGCUCCUCAUGCAGAAGAAUGGGAUCAGAUGACCAUGAAGGAGCUCUUUGACAAGAUAUGUUGGACAUGUGGUGCCCGUCGGUUCGCGACCCUCUUUGUCAAUGUGAACGUAACCUCUGAACCGCAUGAGGUCUCUGCUCUCUGGUUCCUGUGGUACAUCAAGCAGUGCGGUGGCACCAUGAGGAUCUUCUCCACCUCCAACGGAGGACAGGAGCGGAAGUUUAAGGGUGGCUCGGGGCAGAUCAGUGAGCACAUGGCCAGGAGGCUUGGAGACAGGGUGAAGCUGGAGAGAGCGGUCUACAGCAUCGACCAGAGUGGAAACAGUGUGGUGGUCAAGACGCUCAACCAAGAGACGUAUCUGGCCAAAUACGUCAUCAUCGCCACAGCACCGUCGCUGAAUCUAAAGAUGCAUUUUAACCCCCCACUACCCCCAAUGAGAAACCAGCUGAUCCACCGUGUUCCUGUUGGCUCCGUCAUCAAGUGCAUGGUCUACUACAAGGAGAACUUCUGGAGGAAAAAAGGUUACUGUGGAAGCAUGGUGAUUGAAGAGGAAGAGUCUCCCAUUGGCCUGACCUUGGAUGACACGAAACCUGAUGGAACCUUUCCUGCAAUCAUGGGUUUCAUCCUCUCCAGAAAAGCCAGGAGGCUAACGUCACUGACUAAGGAUGAAAGGAAAAGGAAGAUCUGUGAGAUCUAUGCCCGGGUCCUGGAGACAGAGGAGGCCUUGCACCCAGUGCAUUAUGAGGAGAAGAACUGGUGUGAAGAACAGUAUUCUGGGGGCUGCUACACAGCAUACUACCCCCCUGGCAUCCUUACACAGUAUGGCAAGGUUCUGCGGGAGCCAUUGGGUAAACUGUACUUUGCGGGUACUGAGACAGCCACUGAGUGGAGCGGGUACAUGGAAGGGGCAGUGCAGGCAGGCGAAAGGGCUGCCCGAGAGAUUCUCUGCACAAUGGGCCGGAUCAGUCAGGCUGAAGUGUGGCAGACAGAGCCUGAGUCGCUGGAUGUCCCAGCACGACCCUUUGUCACCACAUUUUGGGAGAGGAAUCUGCCUUCCGUCCCAGGGUUCCUGAAGCUCAUGGGUCUGUCCUCCUUCCUAUCCGUGGCCACAGUGCUCGGCUUCAUGGCCCACAAAAAAGGCCUCCUUCACCAGAUCUAAAAGCUGCACCCAUCUACCCCAGACCUCCACCAGUACUGCUCUGCCCUCCCCUUACAAUCUCCUAAUCCAGGUUAUAAGGCUGGCUGGGAAGGGGUCAGACUAAGACCAAGGUCCUGCAUAAUCAUAAUAGCCAAAAUAAAAUUAUCACAUUCUCAGCUCCACAAUCUUAAGUCACACUUAGGAUACUGUAAUCAUUGCAAAAGUUACUCAGAAAAGGAAACUUUGUGUCAGCUUGUAGUUCAGAAAUAACAAACCUGCUUACUUGUGCUACUAGGGUUGUUAACAGUAGCAUAAGUACAGUUGAGGCCAAAAGUUUACAUACACCUAGGCUAAAGAUAUUCAAACUCAGUUUUUCACUUAGGGCAUCUACUUUGUUCACAUCAGAGGUAAUUUUAAAACAAUCAAUUAGAGACAGAUUUAUUUCAGCUUUAAUUCACUAUAUCAGAAUUCCAGUGGGCCAAACGUUUACAUACACCAAAUUGACUGUCUCUUUAAACGGUCUGGAAGAUUCCAGAAAUGGAUGUAAUGAAUUUUUAUAAGCUUCCAAUUGGCCAAUUGUCAUAAUUAGGAGUUAAUUGGGAGUUGGCACCUAUGGCUGUAUUUAAGGGCCUACCUUUAGAGCCAGUGCCUUUUUGCCUUUGAUGCCAUGGAAAAAUCCAUGCAACUCAGCCAAGACCUAAGAAAAGAAUUGUGGACCUCCAGAAGUUCAGUUCCUCCUUAUGAACAAUUUCUAAACAACUGAAGGUACCAUGAGCAUCUGUACAAACAAUUGUAUGCACAUAUAACAAACUUGGGACCACAUAGACACUGCAUCGUUCAGGAAGGAGGCACAAAUGAACUCCCAGGGCUGAACAAACUUUGGUCCAAAAGGUUCAAAUGAACCCCAAGACAGAAACAAAGGAACUGGUGAAGGAGUUGGGUUGGAGGCAUCAGGUACCAAAGUAUCUACAUCCACCAAAAGGCUGUCGGGCAAGGAAGAAGCCCCUAUUCCAAGACCGGCAUUAAAAAAAGCUAGAAUGAAGUUUGCAGGUGAUCACCAGGAUGAAGACAUAGCCAUUUGGAAGAGUGUUCUCUGGUCUGAUGAAACAAAAAUUUAACUGUUUGGCCAUAAUGACCAGAGCUAUGUAUGGAGGAAAAAGGGUGAGGCUUUUAAUCCGAAGAACACCAUCCCAACUGUGAAGCAUGGGUGUGGCAGCGUCAUGUUGUGGGCGUGUUUAAUUGUAAAAGGGACUGGUGCACUUUAGAAAAUAGAUGGCAUCAUGAGGAAGGGGGAUUAUCUAGAAUUACUGAAGUAACACCUCUACACAUCAGUUAUAAAGUUAAAACUUGGUUGCAACUGGGUCUUCCAGCAUCCUAAGCAUACCUCCAAUGUUGUAACAAAAUGGCGUAAAGACAAAAAGUGAAAGCAUUGGAGUGGCCAUCACAAAGCCCUGACCUGAAUCCCAUAGAAAGUGUGUGGACUGAACUGAAAUAUCGUGUCCGAGUAAGGAGGCCCACAAACCUGACUGAGUUACACCAGUUCUGUCAGGAGGAAUGGGCAAAAAUUCCGCCAAAGUAUUGUGAGAAGCUUGUGGAAGGCUACCUGUAAGGGAAAAAUGAAAAAUUACUUUUCACAUAUAUUUACUUGCUUUUAUAUAAUCUUAAGAAAUCAUUUAAAUUGCUUUUCUAUCUAACUGAGAAGUAUUGGGAGUGCAUAGCCCCUCCCGCGCGUGUUUCUGUUUUCCACAUAAACCUGUCUCUGUACUGUAUCAUUGUGUUUAGUUACUGUGACAUGUUAGCCUUGAAGAAGUCCUACAAACAAGUCCGUAUCUCAGAAACCCGAUGUGUUUUAACCAAUCAGAGACGAGCUGCAAACCUGCACUACGUGCAGUUUGAGACAGACAGGGUUUGGGAAAAUUCCAGAACCCGCCUUUCACCCACUUUCAACUGUAUAAAAUGAAGGACUUUUCACCUGUUCAGAGAGUGUUCAUACAGACGUGUUGUGGCGCUGUGUGGAUUCUCCUAUUCGGCCGAAUAAAGGUAUCUGAACUGAA